GCCAAAACAUUUCUACUCUUUUAGAUUAUAACUUGUAUUCACUCAGCAAAUAGCCACAUAUGUUAGCUUGCGAUGGCUUCUUUUGUUGCAUCACUUUUGAUAAUUUGUGUUUCUGCACCCUUGAAUGUUGAAGCAAUACAUAAGCUCAUACAUGUUACUGCAUACAAAUAUCACUAUGUUCCAAACCCUGUCUGAAAUGCUUUUACCUCCCUUAAAAUUGAGAACUUCAAUAUAAAAUCUGGUUUCUCUAAAUGCCUUAGGUGUAGUAUCAUGUGUGUUUCUCAAAAUUGUAGCCAACAGAGUUUACGGUAAUAUUAUGAUUUGUGAACAACAGUUAUGUUUUAAGCAUCAUUUAUCUACCCUUUUUUUAAGAUCAGUGGUUUAGUUCAACUAAUAAAAUUGUUUGCUUUCAAAGUCUGCAAAGUUGCUCCGAUUGAGACUUUGGUGUGGCAAUACAUAACACUCACAAGAAGGAUUCUCUUAAUUGACUUCCCCGGAGUUAGGGACAAGAAUGAUGAUUCUGAAACAGAUAUUGUUCUGUAUGUGUCACAAAUAUGGAGGAUGCUUUUGAACAUUUUGAAGUUGUUCUGAAGCAUGUAAAAGAAAGAACAAUGGGUAAGAGCAUACAAGAUAAAGGACUGAUCAAUUGCUUCUGCUAAGUACUAUGCCUAGAUUUCUAGUUGCAGAAGCGGCGCCAGUGGUUCUACGCUUGAAUUUCUCGUUGCUGCUGGAAAAUAUAUAAUAGAUCCAAAUCAAGCUCCAAGAAAGCAAGUAAAACCAGUUGGUGCUCCUCACAUGAUUCUAAAGUUCAGAUUUUUACUCCACGAUGAUGUGCAAGAUGGAGUGCUUAGGCAGCCUAGUUUGAAUUUGCAAGCAAGGAAGGAACCUAAAGCCUCAUCGAUGGAAAUUUCCAUUUUCUGCUCUUGCCAUUUCCUCGUUAUAGAUUGUUGGAUACCUACAUCAACUGAAAAGAUGGGAACAUCUUUAUUUCUUGACUUAGAGUAGAAGUGUUGUAUUAGUCAAUUGAUGCUAAAUAGUACCCACUCUCUUUUCAAUUUGUAAGAUAUAUAACAUACAUUUUUUUUUUUAACCACUCUCUUAAAUCAGAGACGAGUUAGAACUGAAAAAUCCAGAAUUUAAAUCUAUACUCCUAUUUUUUGCUUUAUUACUGUUUAUUAGACUAUUCUUUCAUUAUUUCUUUUUAUAUAACUAAUUAUAAAAUAUUCUAGUUAUA